AUGGAUCUGCCAAGGGCGCUUCACAAGGAAGGCAUGUUUGUGGCUAACCUGAACAUUGAAUUGUCAUUCGGCGAUUGGAUGUUGGGAAAGCUCUCGCCGACUCUGAUCCAGGGAAUUAGGGAUGGAUUGCGGAACUUGAAAAGGCUAACAUUCGACGCCAGCAUCCCCCCUAUUGUUGCCAAGUUCGACGUAUAUCAGGACCAUUUCUUCCACUCCUUCCUAGCCGAAGAAUCUGCGACGCCUCGCUACUGGCCCGGUUUCUUCCCGCCGAGGAACUUGCGUCGGCUCGUUGCUGGCCCAACCUGCAAGCUAUCGAAGCCGCUGUCGUCAAUUUUGCUAGCCGAAGUCAAAGUCUACGGCCACAGCUGGGCCGAGUUCUUGGACGCCAUGCAAGGCACAGGCAAAGAGGUGGUUAUUGUGCCAGGUGAUUGGGCCAUAGAAGGAAUGAGGGGCCCAAAGAAGGUCUUCGAGCCCAAGAGAUCAACGGGCAAAUCACUAGCCAAGCUAUAUUUCCAGGGGGAGAUUGACGAGAAUCCCUACCGAGAUGAAGACGGAGAAGUCAACAAAGACGUUUCUGGCAGCGAAAAUGGCGACGACGACGACGACGAGCAUUCGGACUCAUUUAAGCGCAUAUCCGAUUUACAUGAUCAGUAUGGGGGGCGGAGAGAUUGUAUAACAUGA